ACCCUUUCACUUCCUGUUAUCGUCCAAAAUAAUAACUCAGGCAGGAAGCUCAUUUAUUGUCACAGCUUUCGACCAACAAGCUUGAAUGAAGCGCAAGCAGUGAUCUGUAAUUAUGAUUCCAUACACUGUCAAUAUCAAACUCGCGGCUCGGACGUUGACAGGCACUCUCAAUUUGCAGAACAAAACGGCAGUAGAUUGGGGCUGGCAGGGGCUGAUAGCUCAGGGAUGCCACUCUAGCAUUCUCAUUAUCGAUCCAAAGACAUCACAGACGAUCCAAGUGCUGGAAAGACACAAAGCCAAUGUGGUCAAGGUGAAGUGGUCGAGAGAAAAUUACUACCAUAACUUGAGCUCGCCCUACUGUUUGCGACUGGCCUCCGGAGAUGCUUCUGGAAAAAUAAUAGUGUGGGACGUCGUUAGUGGCACUGCGCAUUGUGAGAUCCAAGAGCACUCCAAACCCAUCCAGGAUUUGGAGUGGCUGUGGAAUCAAGAUGUGUCCCGUGAUCUGUUGUUAGCUGUGCAUCCACCUAACUACAUCGUUCUAUGGAAUGGAGACACAGGAACCAAGUUGUGGAAGAAAAGCUAUGCUGAAAACAUCCUCUCUUUUUCUUUUGACCCAUUUGACCCAUCUAACAUGGCCUUGCUGACGAGCGAAGGAAUUGUCUUCAUCACAGACUUUUCCCACUCAAAAGCACCAGGAAGUGCAGGCAAAAAGGUUUACAUUGCCAGCCCUCAUGCAAGCCCUGCCCACACCAAGCCUGCCCCCACCGCUGCUCCGGCUUCUACUGGUGCCAAGAAGGCUCUGAACAAGGUCAAAGUGCUAAUCACCAAUGAAAAGCCUACCGCAGAGGUAGUGACGUUGAACGACUGCCUGCAGUUGUCUUACCUGCCAUCCAAACGAAACCACAUGUUGCUACUUUAUCCCAGAGAGAUCCUCAUCCUGGACUUGGAGCUCAGUCAAACUGUGGGAGUUGUAGCCAUUGAGCGUUCCGGAGUGCCCUUCAUCCAGGUAAUCCCUUGUGCCCAGAGGGAUGCCCUGUUCUGCCUCCAUGAAAACGGCUGCAUCACUCUUCGCGUAUGCCGUUCCACUCCAACUCUUGAAGAAGGAUCUGGAGUGGCAGACCCAGAACAGAAUGCCCAGGAGCUUGUGUAUGACCUCCGCUCUCAGUGUGAUGCUAUCCGUGUUACCAAAACUGUCCGGCCAUAUCGCCUGGUUAUCUGCCCUGUUAACGAAAACAAUGCUGCUCUCAUGGUCAGCGAUGGUAGAGUCAUGCUAUGGGAGCUUAAAGCCUUAACAGGAAGAGCUUCUGUCAAUCCAAGUUCAGGUCUGUCCCCGCUUUACUCCCUGAUGUCUUUUUGUGGAUCACCGCUGGCUCCAAACCAGAAACAUAUUCAGAAUCUCUCUCUCAACAGCAUGAUAGGGUUGCGGGAGUGCUGGAGCCUAUCCCAGGUGUCAACAGGCAGGAGGCAUGGUCAAACUUUGAUAGCUGGUGAGGUGCCACUUCCAUCCUUCAAUCAGCAAGAAGUCCAGCUGAAGUUCCUAUUGACUGGACUCCUCUCUGGUUUGCCACUGCCACCGUUUGCCAUCCGCAUGUGUCCACCUCUUACAACCAAAAAUAUCAACCACUACCACCCGAUGCUGGCUGUUGGAACCAGUACUGGGUCUAUACUGGUCUACAACCUUACCAGUGGACUUCUCCACAAGGAGCUCAGUGUCCAUUCUUGUGAAGUCAGGGGUAUUGAGUGGGUGAGUCUCACCAGCUUUCUAUCUUUUGCCACUUCUUCGCCAAACAACAUGGGCCUGGUUCGAAAUGAGCUGCAGCACGUCGACAUGCCUACUGGACGAUGUUUUGCUUUCAGAGGUGAGCGAGGAAAUGAUGAGCCACCCAUUGAGAUGAUUAAAGUUUCACAUUUAAAGCAGUACUUGGUGGUGGUGUUCAGAGACAAACCGCUGGAGUUGUGGGACAUCAGGACAGGGACACUUCUUCGAGAGAUGGCGAAGAACUUUCCGACUGUUACAGCUCUGGAGUGGUCCCCAUCGCACAACUUGAAGAGUCUAAAGAAGAAGCAGAUGGCAGCAAGGGAGGCCAUGGCUCGGCAGACAGUGUCAGAUGCUGAGCAAAAUAUUGUUGAAUCCUCUGUUAUCAGUCUGCUUCAGGAUGCAGAGAGCAAGUCACAGACCAACCAGCCCAUAUCUGCCAGGGAACAUUUUGUGUUUACUGAUACAGAUGGGCAGGUCUACCAUAUCACUGUAGAGGGCAACACUGUUAAAGAUGGUGCCCGUAUCCCUCCUGAUGGCAGUAUGGGUAGUAUUGCUUGCAUUGCUUGGAAAGGUGACACCCUGGUGCUUGGUGAUGUGGAUGGAAAUCUUAACUUCUGGGACCUUAAAGCACGUUUGUCCAGAGGAAUACCAACUCACCGUGGCUGGGUGAAGAAAAUCCGUUUUGCACCAGGAAAAGGAAACCAGAAACUCCUGGUUAUGUACACCGAUGGCGCAGAGGUCUGGGACACAAAAGAGGUCCAAAUGGUUAGCAGCAUGCGAAUUGGUCGAAACGUAAACUACCGCGUCUUGGACAUUGACUGGUGCACUUCGGACAAAGUCGUGCUGGCUUCAGACGACGGCUGUAUUCGAGUGUUGGAGAUGGCAAUGAAGUCCGCGAGUUAUCGUAUGGAUGAACAAGAUCUCACGGAUUCAGUCUGGUGCCCCUAUCUGCUGCUACCUCGAGCCGCCCUCACUCUUAAGGCUUUUCUCCUACUGCAGCCCUGGUCGGGGACCUUCACGAUGGACAUUACACAAGUAGACUACAAUGAGAAAGAUGAGAUAAAAGGUCUGAUACAGGAGCAGCUAAAUUCUUUGUCAAAUGACAUGAAGAGUGUGCUGCAGGACCCAGAGCUCAGCCUGCUGCAGCGCUGCCUCUUGGUCUCACGGCUCUUCGGGGAUGAGUCUGACCUUCACUUUUGGACAGUGGCUUCACACUACCUCCAGUCAUUUGCACAGGCUCGUCAGCUCAGUGUGGCCUCAGCAGACGGUCAGGUUCAAAGUGAAUUAGCCCAGCAGUCUCCUCAGAAUCACCUGGACAUCUGCCAUGACAUGUUGUGUGAGAGCUCCUAUUUUCAGAAAUUCCAGUUGGACCGUGUUCACCUCCAGGAAGUGAAGCGCUCCAAUUAUGAGCACACUAAGAAAUGUGCUGACCAACUCCUUCUUCUGGGUCAGACGGAUCGUGCUGUACAGUUACUGUUGGAGACGAGUGCAGACAAUCCCAGCUACUACUGCGAUUCCCUCAAGGCCUGUUUGGUGACCACCAUCACUUCAUCUGGACCCUCCCAGUCCACCAUCAAACUUGUGGCCACUAACAUGAUUGCCAAUGGCAAGUUAGCAGAGGGGGUCCAGCUGCUGUGUUUAAUUGACAAGGCUGUGGAUGCUUGCCGCUACCUGCAGACUUAUGGAGAAUGGAAUCGUGCCGCUUGGCUAGCUAAGGUGCGUCUCAGCCCAACGGAGAGUUCAGACGUGCUGAAGCGAUGGGCGGAGUAUCUGUGCUCCCCACAGGUCAACCAGAAAUCCAAAGCCAUGUUGGUGCUACUUUCCUUGGGCUCUUUUUACAAAGUGGGGGAGAUGCUGCACAGUAUGAGACACUUUGACUGCGCUGCUCUGUUUAUUGAAGCAUGCCUGAAAUACGGUGUCAUGGAGGCCAACGACUCAUCUAAUAAACUCAUAGAGACCGCGUUUUUGGACUACGCACGGCUUCUGCGCUCGCUCGGCCUGCGAGAGGGAGCCGCUCUGUGGGCAUCCCGGGCCGGCACUGCAGGCGAGCAGCUGAUGGAAGAGCUCUUCAAGGGGGAGGGAGGAGGGCCUGAGGUCGUGCUUGACGACAGUAAGCCCAAGGUGGGGACUGACUCUUGAAGAUGAACAGACUUAACUACUAAGAAUUCACAUCAACCAGACAACUAUGGUUAUAAUCUCUUCAUCGUGAGAACAGAGAGACAAAGAGGUCCCAUGUGUCAUUUGUCAGUUCAUUCAUGGUCUUGCCGUGUCUGUGGCUAUGGUGAGUUUGACAUUUUGUAAUGUUUUUGUUAUGGUGGGAUCUUCCUUUGUUGGCAGCUGUGUUGGCAUGUAGCUGCGUCAAAAGAAUCUCUUUUAUUCACCCAACAAGUGAAUUAGUGCACAUUGUUGUUGACUUGUUGUCUUUUGAAUUGACCUUUUAAUCUGGUGGUUCUGAGUUAUGUGUGCCUCCAUUGAAUACAUUGGAGGAAACAUUUUAAUUUGUUGCUCUACUGCUGUGACGAAAUGUGGCAAAAAGUUGCCAUAUUCAUGCUGCCUAUUCACUGCCUUGUUAGGUUACUGUCAGCAUGAACCUACUCCAUCAUUGAAUUCCAAAAUCUUGCACAUGUAAUUUACCUUUAACCAGUAAUCAUUUGGAGGAGCCUUUCCAGUAGUUGAGAGCCUAAGUACAACUCCACAAAGGAGGCUUGGCAUUAAGUGACCAAAUCCUUGAUAUGCACAAUCCAUUCCUGUUAGAUACUUAUAUGUAGCACAAUAAUAUCCCCAAUUUAGCCCAAUUUUGAGUUUAAAGUAUUGGAUGAAUUGAUAUCCUUUCCUAGAAAGGUUAAAAAAACAAAGACUAAGAUAUUUAUGUACAUUCUAGUUUCACAAUCUUUAUACAGGCAUAUCCAGUGUUCUGCAUUGAUAGUGAAUUAGAGUGGUCCAGAAGUUGCUAGGAUUUUUUUAAAUGGUGCAACAUAUUGUUGCCUCAAAAUCAGAAGCAUAUGAAUAAUUUAUAAAAUUGGUCUGUUAAUAUAUUAAUCAUCCAUCCAGUUUCCAUUAUGCUUAUGAUGACUAGGAACAUAAUACCACCCCUCCCCCUGCCCCUCAUCAUUUCCACAUAGAAAAAUCACAUUUAACAAAUAAUUCACUUGAAGUCUAAAUGUGCCCUGGUUAAGAUAUAUUUUAGGGAUUUAACUGUAUAUUCAGACGGACCAUAAGAGGCUCCGUGUUUGGGUUGGUUUUUGCAGACUAUUUGAUGGGUGCUUUCAACAUGAUCUCGGCAUUUCUUGGCUCGAUCGUUUUCACGCACAUAAUCUGUCUUGCACACUUAGGAGGGUUGUAACUUGUCACCAUACCUGCUCUGCACUCCCCCCGCUCUCCUUUCUACUACCAACUCUGCUCAUCAAAUAUUUCUCAUGACAAUUUAUUGACAGCCCUUUUGUGUUUAUCCGCCUUGUGUUGUGUCAACCUGUCCUACAGUGAGACAGGAACACCUUCAGUAUGUUACUGUGUUUCAUAAACACGUCAGUGCUGUUGCCUCUUGUGUAACCAAGCCAUGUCAAUCUACAGCUACAUGUAUCUAUUUCACAAAUUUCACUUCUUUCGUGGGUAUAAAAAGUACACAACCCACUUCGUGUCAGGUUAUGUCACACGAGAGUUUAAAUGUGAUUCAUAAAUGCUAAACUCAGCCACACACCCCCUAUAAAACGGUGUCCCACUUGUGCAAACACAGUAUUUCACUUAUUUUUAUUUCUAAUUGAUAAGAUUGUUUUUCCCCCAUUGAGUUACACAGAUUGCUGCGCCCAUUAAUUGUGCAACGUUUUUUUUUUUUUUUUUUUUGUUCUCUUAUAUAUCAAAACCCUGGCAUUUGAACAGGGGUGUGUGGACUUGUUAUAUCCAUUAUAUAAUGAAGAGCUGGUAUAAAGUCACAGCACCACUUCUGUUUUCUUGUGGCUGUGAAUUUUGUUAGACAGUAUUGUGAUGGUAGACACACAUACAGCGCACACAGUACUAUCAUUAGUUUUAGCCUCUAGCUACCUGAUGCUUUUGUUUCCUAUUUUUUAAAAAAUAUGUGCAAAGUUGAAGCGUGUAGCUGAAGAACAUAUACCUUUUUUUGCAAUGGAUAAUUGUAAACAUUUUCCCAUUGUUGUCAGUUGAUGGUUAUAGUUAUACUUUAAGAUAUACAUAAAAAAUAUUAAAAGAGGAAAAUGAUACCGGUGUAUGAAUGGCAAUAAAAUGAAUACAGUAUUUACAUUUUUGUAUUCAUCACUGUACUUGAAAAUAUGGACACUAGAGGGCGCACUUUAGCAUUCCUUCAGGAUUUUACACUUCAAGGGUACGCAGUUAGCCAAAAAGACUUUUUAUAUUGAGUCUGGUCUGCAGUAACUUUAUUUAAUUACCAGCUCAUUUAUAGUUGAAAUAUUCAUCAAUUCGUAAAAGUGUCUUGAAGUGACUCAUUUGUUGCAGAAAGCGCUUCCGCCAUUCAUUACUUCUCUUCUCCAAAGGAAGGCCAACAGCUGGCCUCCACUUUGCCUCUUUUAUACUUUAUUCAUUCAGCAACAUGUUUUGUGA